GCCCACGCCUUCCCCUCUUCCUUCCCCCCUCCCUCCGAACUUUUCCUCUCGCAUGCUUUUCCCCUGCACCACGGAUCGCCUCUCGGAUGCCGCUUGCCUGGAAGCUGCGCUAGGAGCAAGCGGCAGCGGUGGCGGCGGCGGCGGCAGCUCCGGAGUGCUAUGACCGGCAAACUCGCCGAGAAGCUGCCGGUGACCAUGAGCAGUUUGCUAAAUCAACUGCCUGACAAUCUGUAUCCCGAGGAGAUCCCCAGCGCGCUCAAUCUCUUCUCCGGCAGCAGCGACUCGGUGGCCCAUUACAAUCAGAUGGCUACAGAGAAUGUGAUGGACAUCGGUCUGCCCAACGAGAAGCCCAACCCGGAACUCUCUUACUCGGGCUCCUUCCAGCCAGCCCCCGGCAAUAAGACCGUGACCUACUUGGGAAAGUUCGCCUUCGACUCCCCUUCUAACUGGUGCCAGGACAACAUCAUUAGCCUCAUGAGCGCUGGCAUCUUGGGGGUGCCCCCGGCCUCAGGGGCGCUAAGCACGCAGACGUCUACGGCCAGCAUGGUGCAGCCGCCUCAGGGCGACGUGGAGGCCAUGUAUCCGGCGCUGCCCCCCUAUUCCAACUGCAGCGAUCUCUACUCGGAGCCCGUGUCUUUCCACGACCCUCAGGGCAACCCCGGGCUCGCCUAUUCCCCCCAGGAUUACCAAUCGGCCAAGCCGGCCUUGGACAGCAACCUUUUCCCCAUGAUUCCUGACUACAACCUGUACCACCACCCCAACGACAUGGGCUCCAUUCCGGAGCACAAGCCCUUCCAGGGCAUGGACCCCAUCCGGGUCAACCCGCCCCCUAUUACCCCCUUGGAGACCAUCAAGGCGUUCAAAGACAAGCAGAUUCAUCCGGGUUUCGGCAGCCUGCCCCAGCCGCCGCUCACGCUCAAACCCAUCCGACCCCGCAAGUACCCUAACCGGCCUAGCAAGACCCCGCUCCACGAGCGGCCUCACGCGUGCCCAGCGGAGGGUUGCGACCGCCGUUUCAGCCGCUCGGACGAGCUGACCCGGCACCUGCGCAUCCACACGGGUCACAAGCCCUUUCAGUGCCGGAUCUGCAUGCGGAGCUUCAGCCGCAGCGACCACCUCACCACUCAUAUCCGCACGCAUACCGGCGAGAAGCCCUUUGCCUGCGAAUUCUGCGGGCGCAAGUUUGCGCGUAGCGACGAGCGUAAACGCCACGCCAAAAUCCACCUCAAGCAAAAGGAGAAAAAGGCAGAGAAGGGAGGUGCGCCCUCUGCGUCUUCGGCGCCCCCAGUGUCCCUGGCUCCCGUGGUCACCACCUGCGCCUGAGGCUCGAGCCCCCAGAUCCCCACUUUUUCCCUCCAGUGCCUCCCGACUGCUCGCCUGACAGCAGCGGGAAAGCCGGCCACGGAGGCUCAGGGGCCGCACCUUGGCCUCUCCAUGGACGUGCGGUCCCUUGCUCCUUUUCGAUGCCCCCCCCCGUUCCCACCCUUUCACACCGGCCAACGGUCGGGGGCCAGAGCAAGAGGCGCCUUCCCCUCGCUGCCCCCCUUAGCCAAGGCGUGGGGGCUGAAAGGUGGCGUCUAGCCUGCUUUGUUCAGUUCGGAUCGCCUUGAUCCAGGGGCCGCUGGGCCGCGCCAAGGACCUGAGGGUAACUGAGGGCGGGUCCGGUCAACCCUCGCCCUACUCUAGCACCUCGCAGUUCCCCUAGUCUCCCUCUGUUCCCCCUCGAAGGCCAGAGGAGGGGAGGGGGUAAGGAGCGCACCAAAGCGCAGGCAGAGCUUGCUGCCUGCCGCACGCACGCGCGUCUGCGUGCGGGGUUGCGCGCGAGUGUGUGCGUGCUCGCGUGUGUGUAUAUGUGUGUGUGUGUAUGUGUGUGUCCGCGCGCGCUCGCGUAGACUCUUGAGCUGAACUGGCUUGUGUCCACCCCAAACUCUUCCCCACAUUGGGUCCCCAAGCCGCUGGGGUCUGUCCCAGGCUGGGCGCCUGCACGUGGCUGGACGGGAUGGUCUUCCAUCUGCUCGGAAAUAAUGUUUCUUACAGAAAUGCCUCGGAUGCCGCCACCGCGGUGCCGCUGCUGCCGCGGCUUCUGGGUUGGCCCCUCAGAACCCUUCUCUUUUCCGAGUGCUUCUCUCUUAGGCCUCAGGGCAGUUUGAUCUUCGGGGAGAAGGAGCGGCCAUCACUGAGCCGGCCUUUUAAAAAAUAUAAUUCCUCAGAGUUUGCCCUCUACCUUCACCCUUUUCUCCGUUCUCCGCUUUAAACCCUCUCCCAUCUGUUUCUAAAUCUUUCCCAGAAAGGCAGGCCUCAACCAGCCACCCCAUUUCACCAUCUUUUUGUUUCCUCUCACUCAACGUACCCAUUUCUCCUUCCCACCAUUGAUGGGAAAGUUGGCUCUGUUUUUGCCAUUUGUCAGACAGAAUUUAAAUAUACAUAUGGUGUGCAUGUAUGUGUGUGUAUAUGUGUCAUAUAUAUGCAUAUAUAUGACACAUACACACAUAAUAUGUAUUCCCAACAAAAUCAGAUCUCUAAGGUACUUGGUUCUCCAGUGCAGUGCACCGGAAUAAAGAGAAUUUGUAGGCAUAUACAGCUUUAGAUGAUUUAUUUUUUAAUGAAAAUUUUAACUGAUGAGAUUAUAUCUAUGUGUAUAUGUGUGUGUGUAUGUAUGUAUAUACAUAUACAUAUAUAUCUCCAAAUUUUCCUCAGAGAUGUGGGGAUUUUUGCAUUAAUCUAUGUUGAUGAAUGAGGCAUUGCUUUUCGAUAUCCCAGUCUCACCUUCUCCCCGCCCUACCUCACCUCUUCUCAGGCACCCCCUCCUCCCCAGCUGUCCUGUCCAACCCUUCUUACGGGGGUGAUUCUUUUAAAGUGGAGUAGUAGGGAAGGUUGCUCUUUGACACAGCUUCCAGCACAGUCUUGACUGAAUGUACUGUUCCCUAUUAGCGUCAUUUCUCCUGGGGUCAGUAAGCUGCCCAGAGAGAAGGAACAAAGGUCUGGAGUUUACAGAAUGUCUGUUUUUAAAGUCACUUUAUGCGUUUCCCACUUUUUUUUUUUUAAGAAAAAAACCGUUUUUGUUUUUUUGUUUUUUUUUCCUUUUUGGUGGUGGAUUAAAUAAUACUAAAAGGACUCUAGUGAAAGCAAAAAAAUCAAAGAGUGGGGGGUUGUGAAUUUCCAGGUACUUGGAAUUUUUGUAGGAGAGAGAAGGAGAUGAAGUUUGCCAGGAGGGCCCAUAUUUUUUCAGCUGAAGGGUAAAACCUUUCUUUGCAGAGACAGUAUUUUGCUGAAUACUUUUUAUAAUGUGAUGAUUAUUAAAAACAAAAAUUUUGGUCACUUCAAAGCUGGAAGGAGGAAUCAGAUAUCCUUUAAUAUUUUUUCCUUGCUCCUUCUGGUAUAUGCAUGUCACUGCAUGAUAGCUCUGAGUUUUCCUUUGUUUUAAUAAGACUGUUCUCAGACAAUUAAUCUAAACUAAGAGAAAAAUAACUUUGUUGCCAAAAGGUUGUGCUAUCCAGAUUUUUUAUAUGUCUGCAUGUUUUAAAAAAACAACAAAAGAAAAUGCACUCUAACUUACGUGAACUGAGAGAAAAAAAAUCAGGUUUUAAACAGGAAAACCUACGGGGAAUGAUAUUUUUUGAAAGACUUUUGUAUAAAGUUGAGUACUUAGAAAAAGACAAACCAGAUGUAAUAUAUUUUGUGGAUGUUUUUAUUUCUUGGAUUUACAGUACCUUAUACUAAGGUUAAAAAAAUAUGCUUGAUAUUGUGAAAAGGUGAAAUUCUUCACCAACAUUUCAUUUGCUCCUUUGUCACAUUGUUAUGCCAAUAUAAUAUAGUUAAUGAAAACAGCAUUUUUAAAAACUGAAAUAGUGAAAUGGUGUAAUGUUGUACCAUUUGCACUGUGAGCAAAUGCUAAUACAGUAAAUAUAUUGUGUUUGCUGACAAUCAGCCGGCCUAUAAAUCUCCUUAUUUUAUUUCUUGUUGUCCUAGCGUAAAGUUUUUGUCUGACCUGUUUUUUUGACUUGUUUUGCUUUUGGCUGUUGGUUUGUUUGAGAGGUUCUUAUGCCUGAUUUUGCCCUUCUUGCUCUGAAAACUCUCAAAAAUAGAAAUGUGGAACUUGAUGCUAUUAGAAGUUGCUCAGAAUUUUGUGCAGGUUCUGGUGUUUACAAAUCCAGUUUUGAGUGUUGAAUGUGCUUCUAGGAGAAUAGGUUUCACCUUCAUCCUUUUGGGAGCCUCAAACCGCCAGAGGUUAGGUGGACAGAUUAGAUAAACUGAUGGGAGUCAGGACUGGUAACUGGAAUCUUCUAGAACCCUUCUCUCUGGUUUCCAAUGGGUAUUUGGGGGUAGAAGGGAGGGGAUCUCUUGGUUUAUGAACUAUUGCUCUGAUGGUCAUAGAAAGCACCAGAACAGGACCCUGGAGGGUCUCUAUGGCCAUACUGAGUAGUUUUCUUGCUAAAGCUUUUGAAGCCCAAAAACAAGUGGAGACUUGAGAGGGGUUCUUCAGGGUUGGCAAGCUCACUGGAGAGAUAAAAAGCUAUUCUGAGGUCAGAUAAUUGGGAAAAAUCAGAUUUUAAAGUUCUACAACUUCAAUCCCACUUAGACAGGAUUCCCCAGGCUUAUUUAUGGCUGCUUAGUAAAGGUGGUCCUGCCCCCUCACCCCCCCAAAAAAAAUCACUCUUAUAAACUAUCCAGGGAUCAGAUGCUUUUAAGGGAAGAAAGAACAUUUGGGAUUUGGAGAACACAUGGGGAAUGUUUUAUGUAGCAUCAACCCCUCCAUCUUAUGACUGCUAUCUCCUAUAAAAGCAAUGCUUCUCCCACCCUAUGAGCUUCCUUCCCCAAAAAACCUUCAUGUUCUUAACUGAGUUUAUUUGCUAGCCUUAGAGUUUUCUCUAUUUCUCUAGAAGAAAUACAUGCCUCCACUUCCUCCUUGUGCCCACAUCUCUAUCCUGCUCCCCUUACCUUAUUCCUCAUAGUCUUUAGAAUCCUUUAUCCCUGUGAGGCUUCUUCUAGGGCAGUCUUUUAGACAAGUUAGUCUUCCCUCCCUCCCUUUCUUCCUACCUGCCUUCAAAAAACUCACUUGGGCUUCUCUGCUGUGCAUGUUACUUAUUAUCUGCCUCACCAAAGAUCAGGGGCUUGGUGCAUGAUGCUGAGCUAUGUCAAUGUUGCACCAUAGUGUGACUGGUGGAGAUUGUCUCAUUCUCUUAGGUACUGACCAGGCCAGCCAUAAAGCAACAGAAAUGAAGUGUAGCAUCCCUGCUCAAAAACUGCUUUUGCUGCCCCAAUCCAGGCCCAUCACAGUAAAAAAUAUGGGUAGUAUUUCUGGUUGGCUGUAAUUACCGAGAAGUUGAGGCCAGACUUGGGUGGAAGAGGUGGGCUGUGGCCUUAGAACAGAAUAUUUUUGAAAUGAGAGAUAAGUAAAGAGAAUGUAGUAUGGAAUUUUAAAUUUUCACAACUACACAAGUCUAGGUCACUGGUUGCCGUCUUGAAUUCCCUUCCCUUACUUCAUGACACUUCUAAAAUUCCAAAUCACUGUUUUAUGUAUAGUCACAAGGUAUUGUUUUUAACAAAGGGAAUCCAAGGUGGCUGAUUGAACACAUAAUCCAUCUCUUGGUAAGCUAGAUGUUUCCUUCCAGAUUUAUAUGUGUUUUUUCAAGUGAAUAUUAUCAGAGGAAGAUAGCAUCACUGGGUGUCUUCAUAGUUAGCAUCCAGCCCCACCUACACCUUCUCCAAUCAAACCAGGCCUUCAGGGUUACACUUUAGUCAGCAGGGUACUAUGCUGCAUGAUUAAUGAACUCACUUCCCAUUGUUGGAUAGUACUCAACUCAACCUGGUUCAACCACUGGGUUACUUGGCAAUAUGGCAACCUGCCUGGCUGGCACCAGCCCUGUGUGGUGUAAUCACUGAUUCACACUUUGUAGCUAGAUAAGACUGUCCCUGAUAGCAUCACACCAGCAACCCAACUUGCCUGGGCUUUGUAAAUAUUGGGGGAAGGUGCUUAACCCUGAAACUUACUGAUGAAAUAGAAAACUGGUGGAAGAAAGGCCUGGAUGGGGCUAUCACGAGAAGGAAUCAAUGGAUGCUGUGGAAGGAAGAGAUCCUGAAGCAGAAUUAGGCAUAAAUACGUGGAAGACAUAGAGGCAUACCUCCUUUCAAGCAACCCCUGAGGUGUUUGGGGCAUGAAUGAAAGGAUGCCUAACAUACACACACACAC